AAGAGGUCAUAUACACACUUAUACUCUCUCUUUCUAUCUUCUUUCCCUUUCUCUUUCUCAUUUCUCUCUCUUUCUCGCUCACAUUUCACAUUUUCUCUUUCUUUUUUUUUUUCACAGCAAUUUGUGAGAUUCCCCUAAAUGGUCUUUUCUCUUCUCCAUUGGAUUGUACAGAUUCCCAGCUGAAAUACCCAUCAAAAUAUUUUCAUUUCUUGUUGAUUUUUUGCUUGGUUUCUUGCUGUUUUCUUAAUUUUAUUCAACUCUAAGAGAGAAACUUUUCUGGGUUUCUUGGCUUUUUGGUUAUUUUUUGCAAACUCUGUUUCUGGGUUUGUUGCAGAAGAGCCUUAUUUAUAGACUCAGAACUAUUUGUGUUAUAUAAGCCUUGAAGAUAACAAACAAAAUUUUACAGAAUUUUGAUUUUUUUUUUAAAAGAAAAAUUUCUAACCUUUUUGUCAAUAUAAUCAGUUUUUGGUUUUUCUUCUCUUUCUGUAAUAUAUUUUUUUUGAAAAAAAAGUUUAUUUCUUCACUUAAGGAAAAGAGAGAGAGAUGGGCAAGCAAGGGCCUUGCUGUCACUGUGGAGUUACAAGCACACCUCUUUGGCGCAAUGGGCCUCCUGAGAAGCCAGUACUGUGCAAUGCUUGUGGAUCCAGAUGGAGAACAAAGGGAACUCUUGCAAACUAUACACCACUGCAUGCUCGGGCAGACCCUGAUGAUUAUGAGGAUCACAGGGUAUCUAGAGGGAAGAGCAUAUCUAUAAACAAGAACAAAGAUGUGAAACUACUCAAAAGAAAGGCAAAUUAUGAUAAUGGGGUGGUGGGUCGGAUUGCCCCUGAUUACUAUCAGGGUUACAGAAAGGUUUUAGAUGAAGAUACUAGUAAUAGAUCAAGCUCUGGAUCAGCCAUAUCCAACUCUGAGAGCUGUGCACAAUUUGGCAGUGCGGAUGCAAGUGAUUUGACAGGUCCAGCCCAAUCAAUUGUGUGGGACACAAUGGUACCUUCUAGGAAGAGGACCUGUGUUAAUCGUACAAAGCCAUCUCCAGUUGAGAAACUUACUAAAGAUUUAUAUACUAUUUGGCAUGAACAACAGUCUUCAUGUUUCUCUGGAUCUUCUGAAGAGGACUUGCUUUUUGAGAGUGAAACACCAAUGGUUUCUGUUGAGAUAGGACAUGGAAGUGUUCUCAUUAGACAUCCAAGCUCAAUAGCUCGAGAUGAGGAAUCUGAAGCUAGCUCCCUAUCUGUUGAGAACAAACAAUACUCAACAAGCGAGGCUUAUUCGCAAACUGUGACGGUUCCUGUACAUAAUGAAACCAUAAAUUCUAAUAUACAAAGUAUUGUGAUUGAAAAAGCUACGAACCCUACUGGACCAGGGAUGCAAGUGCAACAGGAGCAACUUAAGAGGGAUAAGUCUCAUCAUGAAAGGGCACAAAUCCUGGGGAAUCAUAAUUCACCACUGUGUGAUGUGGAUUUAAAUGAAAUUCUUAAUUUUGAGGAGUUUGCACAAUACUUGACUAAUGAAGAACAGCAGCAGUUGCUAAAAUAUCUACCUCUUGUUGAUACUGCCAAACUUCCAGAUAGCAUCAGAAGCAUGUUCGAUAGCCCUCAAUUUAAGGAGAAUAUAUCUUUCUUUCAACAACUGCUUGUGGAAGGGGUCUUUGAUCUCUCCUUUUCAGGAGCGAAGGCAGAAGAAUGUAAUACUUUGAAAAGGCUGACAUUGUCAAAUCUGUCGAAAUCCAAAUGGGUGGAGCGUUAUCAUGAACUCAAGAAGUGUAAAAAUUCUACUGGAAAGUCUCUUGUUGGAAGAGGACUGAAUGUAGUAAUGUCAAGUAAUUCAAUUGCUGCCAAGAGAUCACGUGACAAUGUAGGUCAAAAAAUUCCAGAAGUAAAGGUGAUGAAGAGCCCCAAGAGGAUUAACAUGAAGACUACAUAUGAAAACAAAGAAGUGAUGGACAAUGAUGGCUCUUGCUUUAGUCCGAGAAGCCUAUUUGCCUUGCCUCCUGAUGGUGGCUCCCUCAUGCUGGAUUCUCUCCAUUAUGUUGAUGAAAGUUCGGAUCAGGAUCUUCUACUGCAUGUGCCAUCAAAUGGCUCAUUUCCACAGGCAGAGCUUCUUCACCCAACUUCAAGUUUUGGACAGCAGGCAAGCACCAGCAAUAGCUCAAGAUACCCACAUCUAGUCCGUCCCUGACAAAGUUUGAAAAAUCAGUACUUUUGGUCAGUAGGUCUAUAUAGAUUCACCUUUUGCCGAAUUCCGUGAUUAGGUUACAAUCUGUGAAUGAGGUUUGAUGGUUGCUGCUUUUUUCCAUUUGAUAAUUUCAAACUUUGGUAUGCUAAGGGACGAAUAUGGAUGGGGCUUUUUUUUUGUAUAGGUUGACAACAGAUUGUAAUAUAUAGUUAAAAGUGCACAAGGGAUUGUGAUUUCAAGAGUCAUUCAUGCAGUUUUAGUC